AUGGAAAGUGGCGAGGAAGAUGAUGAUAAUGAUGACAAUGACGACAAUGACUACAACGAUGAUGUGCUUGUGUGUUGGGAGGGAGCCUGGGACACCUAUGUGGGGGUCGAAACACCACACACGAACCAGCAGCAGCAGCUCGAUCCAGAAGAAACCCAGAGGCUUGUCAAUCAGCCAGAGUCCCAAGGAAGCAGCAAGGAGCUGCAGGAAUCUCACGAGAAGUUCUUUGGUAGUGGGAGCUUGAAGGGAAAACCAGUUGCUCAGUUGGGUUGUUGCUACGAGAUGAAAACCAUGGAUGGUUUAGGAGACUCCCUGUCCUCCAGCCUGGACUUCCAGCUCUACCAAGAUGACCAGGUCUGCUCGGCUGACAUGUCUCAGCUACUUCCAGACACAAUGGAUGCUCACGACUUACCCCGGAGUGAGAGGAUGUGCCCCUUACCAUUGGCAUCAGUUAAAUCUCCCUUGCUGGCCUGCCCAGAAGGACACCGGUCCCCAAGCCUGUACAAAGCCUCUACCAACAGCGAGCAACUCACAAUCAAAGACUCACCAAACAGAGAGGACAUGGGAAACCAUCCAGAAAGAGGCACCUACCCACCCCUCCCUUCUCAUACCAGCUCCUUCCCAGAUGCUGGGCUGGACACAAAGAUCCUUAGUCCCUUGACCUUCUGGCCCUGGCUUCCUCCCACCCUCAUCUCCAAGGACUCCCCUAUCCACAUCUACCCCACCUUGCCUGGGUACUCACUUCUGCCUCUCCCUUACCUAUUCACUUAUGGGGCCCUACCUUCUGCCCAGUGUCCGAACCUCUUCAUGCUGCCCCCAGACUCCAAAUACCCCUCCAUGGCUGCACCUGGCUUGCUUAUGACAGCCAAUGGGCUCGGACCUGGUAUACCCCAAGAGAAGAUCCUGCUUCUCUACUCCGGAGUUUUCCAGAGUGCCGGACACACCCAACACUCCCAGGUUGGGAGUCGGAGCUCUAGAGAUGCCUCGACCCCAGGACAAGCUGGUGUGGCAGCUCCUGCAAGGCAGGCUAUGCCAGGCUCCCGGGCAGGUGUCAUGGCCCUGCCCUACCCUCUGAAGAAAGAGAAUGGUAAAAUCUUAUACGAGUGUAACGUGUGUGGCAAGAACUUUGGGCAGCUCUCCAACCUCAAGGUUCACCUGCGUAUACACAGUGGGGAGCGGCCCUUCCAGUGUGCCCUGUGUCAGAAGCGCUUCACCCAGCUGGCCCACCUGCAAAAGCACCACCUGGUGCACACUGGGGAGCGGCCCCACCAGUGCCAGGUGUGCCACAGGCGAUUCAGCAGCUCCAGUAACCUCAAGACCCACCUUCGCCUGCACACUGGUGCCAGGCCCUUCCAGUGCAGCCUCUGUCCAAGUCACCUCACCAGGAAUGACUACCCUAAGCUGCGCCACAGGCUGCAGGCUCCUCAACUCCGUGGUCUGGCCCACACCCAUUGGCCCCUCGCCUCUCUCACUUGCCUUGCCCAGUGGCACCAAGGAGCACUAGAUCUUGUGGACGAGAAGAAGAUGGGCUGGAAUGUGGACAAGGUGUCCUCAGAAUCCAAGGGAGAGCGGGGGCAGCCAGCAUGA